AUGUUUGCCAGCGAUCAAUACAAGAAGAUUAGAGAAGUGUGUUAUGACACAACAUCCAUGACCGCUAAAUGUUCUUGCAAGCUUUUUGAGUCCAAGGGAAUUGUGUGCCGUCACAUUAUUAGGGUAUUUAGGGGUGCGAAAAUAAAUGAAUUGCCAAGCCUUUGUAUUCUUAAGCGAUGGAAGAAAAAAUGCAAAAGGGACAUUGUCUAUGAUGGGGAAGGGAAUGUGCUUGAAGAAAAUUUAACAUAUUUGGUUGACAUUGCUGUGAAAAGGAAGAUAGUUGCUAUGAGGGACAAGCUAGAAGAUCUCAUAGGAGAAUCCAAACACUCCAUGGAAGGAAUUGAAUUCCUACAUAAUAGUUUGUGUGGCAUUGAGUUGGGUUUAGCCCAACUAGUUUCGACCGUACCAUGCAAUACACAAGAAAAUGAGGAGUCGUGUAUUGGGAGUGUCAUUCCAAAGGAUGUUACAAUCCUCACACCUAAGGAUAUCAAUGCAAGGGGCACAUGCUCUAGAAUAAAGGGCCAUAGGGAUGGUGCGAGGAGUGGAUCCGGUGAGAAGAGAAGGCCUGGAAUUCAUCAAAAAGUCGCGCGCAAAUGCAGCAUUUGUAAGGAAAUGGCGUUUCAUGAUGCAAGAACAUGUUCUAAAAAACAAAAAACAAAACAGUAG